AUCAGUAGACUCUCCUGAAGAAGCCGAGAGAACCGAGUGUGAAUCUGCACCUAGGAAUACCAGCAAUUGGGGCAGCCUGUGGCUCGGAAUGUUUAGCCGCUGUUCGAACUUUCCGCUCGAAGUCUAAGUUCUUAAAACAAACCGUCGGCACGAGAGGCGACCCAAGGCGCGGGCGCUAAGGCGCUGGGUCUGGAGACCCGGUUCCCGCCACUUUCUCGGGUUACUUGUGCUCCCUUCUUCUUUCUGUGUUUGUCCGGUCGCCUUGGGAACCUUUCAUUUUGCUUAGCGGCUGCUGGCUGAGCUCUUGCUCGCGGACUGACUUUUCUCUGGCUUGGACGGAGGUGGCCCUUCGGCUGUACUCACCGAGGUUGCUGGGUUGUAGGCGAACCAUCAGAUGAAAGAUUGUAAAAUUGUUUAAGAGUCGGAGCUGGAUCGCAUUAUAAUGGCAACAGGUGAUUUAAAAAGAAGCUUGCGGAAGCUAGAACAAGUGCUUCGUUCACUAAAUUACCCCAAUGAGGUGGAUUAUGUCGGCCUGAUGAAGGGAGACACAGCAGCAUGCUUGCCCAUCAUCAGCUACUCUCUCACGUCCUACUCCCCUCAUGUAGCAGAACUUCUGAUGGACUCCAGUAUAGAGCUUAUCGCGAAGAAUGAUGUGCGCUUUACAGAUACUGUCUAUAAGCUUCUUCGUGAUCAAUUUGCUUAUAAACCAAUUUUGACGAAAAAGCAAUUUAUACAGUCUGGAUUUGCUGAAUGGAAAAUUGAAAUUGUCUGUGAUAUAUUGAAUUGUGUGAUGAAAAAACACAAGGAAUUGAGUGGUCUUGACAAGACUUCAUCAUGCCAAAGGAAGAAGCACAUUUCUGAGAAGCCAGAACCUUGUUCACACAGUGAGAAGCGUCCUGCAGAGGCUGUCAGCACUGACGUCACGGGCAGGUUUAUGACGUCAGGAAAGAAGAAAGCUGUGGUGAUCCGCCACCUGUACAAUGAAGAGAAGGUUGGCAUUCCUGAAGGGACUGUAACCUCAACAGAAGUGAGUGAAGACUGCAGUGAGUCGGAAGAGCAGAGUUCUGACAUUCGGAUUCCUGAGGUCCAGGCCCCUGAGGUCAAGGCUGAGCUGCAAGGUGCAUGUGAUAAUCCUGAGAUCACUGCACUGCAGAUCGCACUGGCUGAGUGUCAAGAAAAGCUGAGGCAGCUAACUUGGGUAGAGAAACGGCUUGAGUGUCUGGAAGCUACAACAAAAGGGAAAGUGAUGGUGGAUGAGAAGGCCUGGAAUAACCUUCUAAGUCGAGUUACUCUUCUUGAGACUGAGAUGCUCUUGUCUAAAAAGAAUGAAUCUGUAGAGCGUAAUACGGCAAGUGAAGACUCUGAGUCAGUUAGUGAUGUGGAUGCUGUGCUCUGUGAUAAAAAAUACAAUGUGGGGGGACCAGCAAGUAACUAUCGCUCGUCUGGCUAUAGUACAGUAUCGUCGGAGACAACGCCCAGGUGCUCCACUAUUAAUUACUGUGUCCUGAAAGACUUUUCAGAGGAAACAACUAUCCAGAAAAUGGAAAGGAUGAAAAAAAUGUUUGAAGAAACCGCCGAGUUACUGAAGUGCUCGAGUCACUGAUCAUAGAAUGUUCUGCAUAAACGUCCCCAGGACUUUGGAGAUAUAUAUAUAUAUAUAUAUGAAUUCUGUAUAUAAUUUUAAUAUAUGAUAAUUUUUAUUUGGAUUCUAUUUGAUAUGUGAGUUUUUUUUUUCAUUCUUAAAUAAAUACUUUUAAUAUUUUAA